AUGAUGGGUAGUAUUGCUGGAAGUGGUUUUAAUGACCUGACAGGCUUAGGAUUGACACCUGCAAUGAUCACUGCACUUUUCCACAAGCCACACGAUCGACAAUUUGUCGUUGAAUUGGAAAACUCAGUAGCUUCUUUUGUUGCUUCAAAUGCGGAAUCUUAUGAAUUGAGACCUAUGAAUUCUUACUAUAGGUUGCUUUCACAUCAAGUGGCUGAAUACCACAAUUUAAAGCAUGCCUUGGCGAGAACUCAAGAUAACUGUGUUAUUAUCUUUAAAGGAGACGGAUUUGAAAACAUACAAGGCAAGCCAUUGUUACAAAAUCUACAACCAAUGGGAUUGGGUCCUUACGGAUGUACCAAUACUAAUGCCAGCAAUACUACUAAUAAUAAAAGAUAUCGAAUUUUGAAAAGGCGAGAUGGCCAAAGUCAGUCAGACAAAAUUGGUGAUACUAAUACUGAUACUCCUAAUAACAAUAAUAAUAACGUAAUUAAACCUGAAGCAGGACAACAAGGGGCUGAUAACAAAGAAAAUGAUGAAGAUACCAAUGCUUCGUUAGAACAACAGAGAUUGGAAAAGGAAAAACAAUACGAACAGAGAAAGCAAGAAAUUUUCAGUACACCAAAGAAGAACAGUGAUGACGAUGAUGAUAACGACAACGAUAAUGAGGAAGAGAAUGGGACAUCGGAUAAUAACUCACCACAGCCGUACCAAUUUGAGACUUCACGAUAUAGGUUUAACGAUCAGGCGACAACGCAACAAAACGAGCCAAAUUCCCAAACGGUACCACACCGCCAACAAGAUUACGUUAGUGGUUAUGCUAGUGGUUAUACUAAUGGUAACACAAAUGGUUAUACUAAUGGUUAUACGAAUGGUCAUAUCAAUGGAAAUGCAAACGGUAAUGGUAGAAGGCAUAGGAAACACCAUCCAUUUGAUAACGAUCCUAGAAGGAAUUCUUCCAAUACAACCCCUCAAUACCACAUGCCCUAUUUCAUGUAUCCAACACCGCCCAUGGCUGCCGCCAAUACAAGCCAGCCACCGUCUCAAUUUCCGAUCAUGUAUCCCGCACCUUUCCCCGUGGAUGGUGCCAAUGGAUACAUGGCACCUGUAAUGUAUCAACCAAUACCAGGAUUUGGUCCCAUGGGUCCAAAAGCAAGUGUAACACCAACUUCAGCACCAGCACCAGGACCGUAUAUGACAUACCCGUUCCCAUAUCACUAUGGACAACCACAAGCACCUCCGCCUACACCACCAUCGUCAACGAUGUAUAGACAAUUCUCGACACCACAGAGAUCUCAUGGACCGAGAUACCAAAAGUACAGUAGAAACAGUUCGAGAAGUAGUUUCUCGAGAAGAUCUUCAAAAAAACAAAAUUCCCAAGAUGAUACAAUCGUAGGUCAUUCUUCUACAUCAACGAUGGAAUCUGGUGCUACAGAAAUUGAUGAAUUGUCGGAGAACAUGCAAAAGCUUAUAUGA